AUGUCCACUAUAGAAGGCUCCGACUACGAAGAUUUUCCGCGGGAUCUCGAUCCCGAUUCCGACAUACUUCCAGGCGUAUCUUCCAUCUCCUCAAGCCAACGGCGCACAAGCUCCCGUCUGGCUUCCCGUGGCGAAUCCCGAACAGCAGAGGUGGAUUUCCUCAUCUCCCACCUACGGCGGCAGGGCAUUUCCGCAGCCCCAGACCUCUCUCUCUCCCAGCUUCGGGAACUCUCGGACCAAGUCCCUGGUGCGGCCUCCCAGCCCAGGGCAGCAGCUCCAGCCAACUCUCCAGCCAACUCUCCAGCCAACUCUCCCGAGAGACCGGGGCGAGGACGCGGGCGUAGCCGCGGAGGGAAAAGGACGAGGAAGCGGAGCCCUCCACAAGCUCGCCCAGGAAAAAAAAGAAAGAACAUCCAACUUUCCCCAAGCGCGGGGCAUCUCGGGAGCCCCGGUAACCAGGACGACAGCCUCGCUAACACCCUGCAAAACCUGGCAAGCUCCAUGCGGGGAAUUAACGCCCACCUUCAGGCCAUGGAUAAAGGCUCUGCUAGAGCGUCAACUUCUUCCGCAAACUGGGGCGACGCUCCUGCUCAGGGGCUUAUGCCGGGGCAGGGCCAGUCAUAUCAUCAAGCGGUAAUCCCCUCUCACACCCUGGCUACCGCAUUUCCAGAGCCGCCUUCAGGUAGGCCUUAUAUUCCCCAAGCCGCGUAUAUUUCCUCCAGGCUGAGGGCGAAAAUCCUCGAAGGGAAAGACGUUAAUCUUGUCAGCCUCAUCUUGCCUUCCCCGGAGUGUGACAAGGCUAUCGCCACAGGAGGAAGCUUCACUGCUGUGUUUAGGUCCACAGAUCCCCGGCUUCUGAAAGAUCUAAACAUAGGACAGUUCCUGGUCGCUUUCGGCAUCUUCCGAGAUGUCCUAUGUACCGUUUACCCCGAAAGGAGAACCGAGUUCGACGCAUAUCUGGGCAUCAUCGGUGAUCUCCAGCUCAAAUACGGGAAAUCCAUUUUCUAUUAUUACCACAAGAGCUUUUCUAGCAAAGCAGCGCGCCAUCUAGCUCACUGCAACAUCCGCCUGGAUUGGUCCGUGCUGGACACUGAGCUGCUUGUCAUGGCUACCGGCGGGCAACAAGUCCACUCAUGCUCUACUUGCGGGACGCAGGGCCACACUGCCACUUUCUGCCCAUCAGUGCCUCUCUCCAGGGCCAGAGAUUUUCCCACGCCGUAUCCAGGGAACCGUCUGCGUUUACCCCCUCUGUACUUUUCUCCACAUCUGCAGCUUCUGCGGGGAUGCGCAUCCGAAGUCAGUCUGCCCCAAGCGCCGCCGAAUCAACUUCCCGCAACAGAAACCACGUGGUGGAAAAACCUCCUAAAAAUUCACCCGUCCACUCCCAUUAACAUUCCAUACCUAGCCGCCGCGCUCUCUACCCACCCAGACCCAGUGUUCGUCGAUUACCUUUUGUCAGGGCUUUCCCAAGGCUUUAGGGUCGGGGUCCUCUCUCCUCCCCCCGUAACCUUCGUUGCAAAAAACCUACAAUCAGCAAAUAAAGAACCCAUCAUAGUCUCUCAGCUCAUUGAGAAAGAAUGUAAUAAAGGAUACUUAAUAGGUCCUUUUCGCUCAUCCCCGUUGUCAGUGUUCCGGACAAGUCCAAUAGGAGUAGCCACACGCAAAUACUCCGAAAAGAAAAGGCUAAUUUUCGAUCUGUCCGCACCCCGCGCCGGCCCGUUCUGCAGCAUUAACAGCCUCAUCCCUUCAGAGCCAUUUUCCCUUCAAUAUGCCUCGGUUGACGACGCAAUCAAUUUAAUAAAGCUCACAGGGCAAGGAGCCUGGCUCUCCAAAGCAGACAUAACUGACACGUUCAAAAUCAUCCCCAUUCAUCCGUCCCAGUGGAACAUGUUCGGCAUCAGGUGGGAAUCCAAAUUCUACUUCGCCGUCCGCCUGACUUUCGGAUGCAGAAGUAGCCCCUGCAUCUUUAAUUCUCUUUCCGAAGCCCUCUGCUGGAUCCUGCUGAACAUUGCCAGAAUACCUUCUGUUCUCCACUUGCUGGACGAUUUUCUCCUCGUAGAUCCCCCUCGGGACAACUCAGGCGCCUCCCUGGCAAAACUCAAACUCUGCUUUCAGAAGCUAGGCAUUCCCCUAUCCGCGGAGAAAACCCUAGGACCUGACACAUGCCUGGAGUUUCUAGGCAUCACACUCGAUUCCGCAGAGAUGAAAGCAUCUCUCCCCAGCGACAAAUUGCAGCGCAUACGUGAUAUUACCAAGUCAUAUUGCGGGCAACAAUCCAUAACUAAACAACAGCUGCUCUCUCUCCUCGGGCACCUUAACUUUGCCAUGCGCGUCAUCCCCCAGGGGCGCUCAUUCAUAUCUCGCCUUCUAGACACAGCUUCGGGCGUUAAAAACCUCCAUGACCGCGUUGUGCUAAACGAAGGCUGCCGCUCUGACCUACGAUUCUGGUCCCUCCUGCUCGACCACUGGAACGGCAUCACCUUCUUCUAUGAUGACAUAGUGUAUUCUUCCGACUCAAUGAGGUUCUUCACGGACGCCGCCCCAUCCGUGGGUUUUGGGGGUUUAUUUCAGGGAGAGUGGUUCGCGGGCCCAUGGCCUCCCACAUUCCCCAAUCAUGCCUCAUCCUCCGCCCUGCACGAGAUCUACCCUAUCGCAGUUGCCUGUUAUGUGUGGGGUCACCUCUGGCUACGGAAGCGCAUCUUGGUGCUCUGCGACAACCAAGCAGUAGUGGGAAUAAUUAACAAAGCUCGCUCCCCGUGCAAUGACAUUAUGCCAUUUAUGAGAAGCAUCACAUGGUCUUCCAUUACCCAUAACUUUCUCAUCUCAGCUCGUCAUGUUCCCGGUCACCUCAAUACAGCGGCUGACUCCCUCUCUCGCUUUCAUUUCCAGACCUUCCGGAAUCUCUGCCCAGAAGCCAGCUCACAGCCCAUCGAGAUCCCUCCCCUGCAUCUUCUCUCCCUCUCUUAAAUAAGAGCCCAUUAGCCAGGCACCUAGAGUCCGCCAGGUUCUUUAUGAGAAAGGGCUUAGCCGUCUCCACCCUUAAAAAAAUAUGACUCCGCAUGGAGAACCUUCGCUUUCUUUUGCUUUACUGUAAACAUCGCACUUAAACCCGUCCUCAUAUCCACCGUGUGUGCCUUCACGUGCUACUGCGCCACUGAUCGCCACCUCAAACCUCAAUACAUCCGAGGCCUCCUAGCUGGCGUGCAGUUUAAUGUUCGCUGUUACGAUCCCAGCUUCCCCAGCCUGUUUUCUAACCAAUCAGUCAAACUCAUUUUGAAAGGUCUGCAAAAAAUGUUUCCUACAGUUACAGAUCAUAGGCGACCCAUUACACUCUCCACCCUGCGUCUUAUGCUCUCCAAACUCAGAGAAGGAGUAUUUUCUCCCUACAUCGACGCACUACUCGAUGCAUUAUUUCUGUUAGCAUUCUAUGCUUUUCUCAGACCAGGAGAAUUCGGCACAGCGUCCCUAACAUUCGAUCCCAAUCAAGACGUCUGCUUUGCCGACUUAUCUUUCCAUGCUAGCCAUUUCAGUCUAAAACUUAAGCACUCCAAAUGUGGAGGCGCUUGCUCCGUUAGCGCUGCUCGCAACGAUUCUCCUUUCUGCCCCUAUAAAUCCAUGAUUAAAUUCCUGCAUUUAAGAUCUUCCACAAAUCCUCUCUCACCACUAUUUCUUCUCCCAGGGAAUAUUCCCUUAACUAAACACCGGUUCAACUACUAUUUAAAACAAAUUAUCUCUAAAUCCGGACUAGCACCCCAAUUAUUCUCGGGGCAUUCGUUCAGGAUAGGCGCAGCUACAUCUGCUGCCAUUCAAGGAGUCUCAUCCUCAUCCCUGCAACAACUCGGACGGUGGUCCUCCUCUGCCUUCACAUCCUACAUUCGCCCGGACAUCAGUGCCGUGCUGGCCAUCCAAAGGUCCCUCCAACACUAACGGUACUUAUAUAUACAACUGGUGGUGGUUUAGCAAGUCAGCACAUUUACGUGUCACCGUGUUCACGUUUAAACACUUCAUACCGCAUCGUUGCGACCUUCGGGUCCGCGUAUUGAAUCCUGCCGCGCAGGUUGCGGCCAGUGGGUCGCAUUAUGUUUAAACCCUGUACGUACAGGGCGAG